CGACGUCCAGAGCGCCUCCCCAGCAAGAAAGCAACGGGAGAGUUAGGCACGAUGAAGCCAGAGCCUGAAGCCAAAGUGCGGCAAUCCGUCGUGAUCUUGCGGCGCCUCGUAUGGUUCCUGUUGCCCCUCGGUGCCGUGAUCGGCGCAUGCGUCGUGCUGAGUAUAUCCCAGCGUCCGCUUCCUCCGAAUUUCCACAUGACGUACGCGAUUACACAGGGUCGGUCAAAAGUCCAGGGAGUGAAUUUGGCGGGAUGGCUCGUUGCAGACUUUGACGUGACACCGACGUCUGAAAUAUUCAAGGGAGUUCCCGCGAACGUGUCGGCGGCCGGGGAGUUCUCGCUUGCCGACUGGUACACGUCCCAGAAGAAAAAGGCCGAGAUGGUCGCAAAAUUCACCACCCAUCGUGAUACGUGGAUCACGGAAGACGAUAUCAAGGCCAUCGCUGCUGCAAAACUCAACGCUGUGCGCGUGCCGAUUGGGUAUUGGAUUCAAGAAAAGGUGAGUGAAUCCAUUUCGUCGGCCGACGCGACCAAGUUGGCUCCGCUCUACUCUAUCUUCGCUCCCGGCGCCGUCAACUACCUCGACAAGCUCGUCAAGGUGUGGGCAAUGAACCACAAUAUUUCGGUGCUCGUCGACAUCUCUGCGGCGCUGCUGGGUCAAAACGGCAAGCCGAGUGCCGCGGCCAUACCCGCUUCACUCAAGAAACAAUACGGCGACAUGUCUUUUGAUUUGCGCCCCACCAAGGCGUCGUUCAACGCGACCAAGGACUUGGUCAAGUUCAUCGUGAGUCGGUACAAGGACGAUGACGGGUUUCUUGGUGUGGGGAUACUCAACGAGCCGGAAAAGAAGGGCGAAGAGGUCACGUAUCGAGAAAUUGCCGGCAUCUACCGGGAGCUGUACCCGUGGGUGCGCAACAUCACCAAGCGCGCGGUGCUGACAACGCAAUCCUUUGGCGACAUGCAGCACAAGGGGUCGAGCGAGUUAAUCACGGACAACGACCACACAAUGAUGACAUUCAGCAUUUGGCCAGAGGAGCCGGCAGUUGUGGUCAACCACUGGCAGGAAUGGCACAAGGUGAUGGUCGCUGAUGCCGCGUUUAAGGACGGCGACGCCGGCCUUAACUCGUUGAAAGACGACAUCACUGGCUGGACAGGUAGCCCAUUGUUCAUCGGGAGCUGGAAUGCCGCCAAGUACGGCAAUGGCUCCGUGCCUGCCGGAGAACAAGCGGCCCAGGCCAAGAAGGUGCUGGACGUCAUGAGCCAGGCAGCCAAGGGAUGGGUGUACUCAAACUGGAAGCACGACGGAAGUCAGAAGCAGUGGGGUUGGUCGCUCAAAGACCUCUUAGCGCAAGGCAUUUACUCGUUCUCGAGUACUCCGUAGAAUUGAUCCGACGCAAAAGGAUGUAGUAAAUGAAAACUUUCAUGCAAGUUAGUAGUGCGUCC